UGGUGAGCAGGCCACUGGGGGCGCUGUGUCCACAAUUUGCUUUAAUCUCUGCAGAAGAAGAAGGCGGAAGUGGGCGUGGUUUUGGCCGCCUUGUUGGUGUGGGUGUUAAACAGCAGCAUGGCGCUGAACGCAGAUGAGGAGGAUUUUGAGUGGGAGCCCCCGAGUGAAGCAGAGAUGAAGGUGUUUCAGGCUCGUCGUGAGCGUCAGGAUAAAAUCAGUAAACUGAUGGGAGAUUAUUUACUAAAGGGCUACAAGAUGCUGAGCGACUGCUGCGACACCUGUGGGACGAUUCUGCUGCAGGAUAAGCAGAAGAAGAAUUACUGUGUGGCCUGUCAGGAGCUGGACUCAGACAUUGACAAGGACAACCCUGCUCUGAACGCUCAGGCAGCUCUGUCUCAGGUACGAGAGCGACAGCUUGCCAACCAUCACCCCCUUGAUGCUGUCGAAACCAUGCCCACUGCAGCAGAAGCUCUGCCCAGUAGCAGACCUGAGCAUUGUGAAGGAGCAGCGUCUGGACUCCGAGCUCCGCCUCCUCCUGUUCCACCGCCACAACCCCGCCCUCUUCCUGCUCCGUCCUCCCCCCCGCUGCAGAACUCGAGUGGUCUUUCCAGUACUGUUCCUCUUCCUCCUCGUCCUCCUCCUCAUUACCAGGUUGCCGUAGAUGCACAGGAUGUCGUGCUGGAGAAGCUACGCUGGGCCACGCAGGAGCUACAGACAGCUGUCUCACUCGAGUCCUGUGUGCAGCUCUGCGGUCUGAUCCGCGCCUGCGCAGACACACUGCAGAGCCUCAAACACCUGCAGCACUGAAACUGUAUACAUACACACACACACACACACACACACACACACACACUGAGUUACUCAGUACACACUGGCAGGACAUCACUGAUCUCAUGGCCUGGUUUAAUAAUGUACAAAAAAUAAAGUUACAAAUGUACAGUUUGGUGUGUAACACAACACCACACAUGUAACACAACAUCACACAUGUAACACAACACCACACAUGUAACACAACACCACACAUGUAACACAACACCACACAUGUAACACAACAUUACACAUGUAACACAACACCACACAUGUAACACAACAUCACACAUGGAGCUGUUUGUCAUGAAGCUCCGGAGGUGAAGCUGUAGAGUUUAACUGUGUUUCUGCUGAAGGAGAAAUAAACACCGGAGCUGAAGAUUUAA